AUGCGCUCAGCACCACCUCUAGGCUAUGAGCUGCGCGUGCUCGAAGACAGCAAGACGAUCUUUGAGAAAGAUAUCGCUAUACAGAUGCGAGACGGCAUCAGGUUGUACGCUGACCUGUAUCGUCCAAUUGACUCGAUAGCCGCGAAAACUCCGACUCUUGUGCUUUUCUUCCCAUUCGGCAAGCAUGGCGCUGUCCCUGCUGAACUGUUCAAGAACAUGGGAGUUGACUUCAGCCGUCUCAGCAAGUACACCCGAUGGGAACUGCCGGAUCCAUUGAAGUGGUGCCCCGAAUAUCAGUACUCACUUCUGAUUGUAGAUGCUCGUGCAACAUGGCAUAGCGAGGGUGAGAUUGCAUACUGGUUUUCUCCCGAGGAAGGCAGAGACGGGUACGAGAUUGUGGAAUGGACGGCUCAACAAUCAUGGAACACGGGAAAGGUGGGAUGGGGAGCUAUCUCGUAUUUUGCCAUGUCGGCGUACCAAGUGGCUGCACUGAAGCCUCCUCACCUUGCGGCGAUCAUGCUAUGGGAAGGUAUCUCAGACACCUACAGAGAGGUUUGUAGCGUCGGCGGUAUUCCCACUCCAACCUUCCAGCAUUUCUGGAUGGGACGUACCGGAAAUGGGCUUUCGUAUUGCGAGUGA